AAGAAUGGUUCAACCUAUCGAAUGUCAAAUGUCACUGUCAAAUACUAAACAAAAAGUUAGACGGCAUUUUUUUUCUGGAGAGGAAUUAUUUUAUUCUUUCAGAUAGCUUCGAUUUUGCGAACAAAAUGUGUGAAGAUAAAGUUUUAUCUGAAAGUGAAAAACUAAUUUUCAAAGCCAUUUCCGAAAACGAUGCUACCUUACUACAGGCUUUACUAUCUGAAAAUAUAAACGCGAAUAUUGUUGAUGAAAACUCAAUGACACCUUUGCAACAUGCUGCUUAUAAGGGCAAUAAGGAAAUAGUUCAAAAUCUUCUGGAUCAGGGAGCUGACGUGAAUUACAGCGAACAUCAACAUAAUUACACUGCCCUACACUUUGCUGGACUGUCUGGAAAGGCUGAUGUAUGUUAUGCACUUCUUCUCUCUGGUGCUAAAACGGAUGUAACAAACAGUGUUGGUCGCACUGCUUCUCAGAUGGCUGCCUUUGUAGGCCACCAUGACUGCGUUGCAAUCAUUAAUAACUUCAUCCCAAAAUCUGACAUUGAAUAUUAUACAACAGUUCAAGGAAGUCAAACAUCACCCUAUCUUCCAAUAUUCCUGGUAGAAAGCUUUCAUAAAUUCGUCAUGCAGAUCAACAUUCAUCCUGCAAAAGUGGUUUUGAAUGUACACAAUUUUGUAGGAUUAUCAGACCACCUAACUGAAAUUAAGAAGGUAUUGGAGCUUAUGAGUGAAAAAGAAAUGAAACGUGGUUCGGAAACAAAUGAGGUAAUGUCUUUCAAGUUUCACUACCUUUCAUACAUUAUUGGAGAGAUAAUUAAGAUACGACAGAGGCAGGCUUCUACAAAAAAAGAUGAAAAGGAAGAUGAGAAGAAACUGGAUAUAACUGAACUCUUCACGAGAAAGUUAUUGAAGCCGGGUAAGGAUGGUCAAUUGGAAUUCAUGGAUCGAUUUCUAAAAGAAUGUAUCAGAGAAUUCCCCCAUAGAGAGUGUACGUUAUUUCGACAAAUGGUGGCUAGUUUGGCGAGUACAGAUCCACCACCUGCUUUCAACGUUGUAAACUCGGCCAUUAAUGGACAGAGAGGCUUUAUGGACAAUAUAUCGAUAUGCAAUACCUGUGGAGAGGAGAAGCCAGCCAAAAAGUGUUCAAAAUGUAAAGCUGUGGAGUACUGUGAUAGAAACUGUCAAAGGUUACACUGGCACUGGCACAAAAAAGCGUGUUCCAGAUUGAGUCAAGGAAUAGUCGAAAAUGAGCCACAAAUUAAACCAAAUGUAAAUGAGUUAUCAACAGAAAUACAAAAUCUUUUAGUGAACAAUUAAUUAUAUAUUUGAUGUGUUUAUUUAUAUUUUACGACAGUCAUGCUUUGAUUAAAUGUAAUUCAUCUUGGAAAUGUAUUAGUAAACUUUUGUCAAU